AGUGAGCUGAGAUCAGGCCACUGCACUCUAGCCUGGGUGACAGAGUGAGAUUCCAUCUCAAAAAAAAAAAAAAAAAAAAAAGCAAAUAUGUGGCAAAACAGGGAUUUGAAACCCCGGGCCAACUGCAAGCUGGAACUGGAAUCAGGCCCUCUGGGAGAAGGGAGCCUGAGGGAAGGUCCCAGUUUGCACUGCAGUGGGGAUUGAAGGACUGAGAGGUGUAUGGCCUGUGAGACAAAGGGGUCGGGGAGGGUGGGGUGGCCUUUGGAACUCUUGCCCACAGAACUGUGGUGAGCAAUUCUAAGUUGUCUCUGGGCCAAAUAGAAAAGGGGGAUGGAAGAAUUCAAUUCUGCCAAAAAAAGCUGUGAACACCAGACCCACAAUCGUAGAAGCACCCACUGGGCCCUCUGCUCUCCCAAUCUAGCCUUCCAUCUGCACUCCAGUGCACCUUGGCUUCAUGCCCUGGGCCCCCACCUAACACUGAAGGCAUUACCUUUUCCUUUGUUGCCCCACUUUGUCUACAAAGAGGAAACCACAGCCAAAGGGAGCACAGGCCUCACUGGAGCUUCAGGCCUCUCCCUCUUUAACACUCCCAUGGCUGACCAUGCUUUUAGAAAGAGAGUGAGAGACUCAGGGCCUGAGAAGGCAUUUCUUUUUUUCCUUUUCCUACCUGACUUUUUUUUUUUUUUUAGUUUUUUGGUGCCAUGACUCGGAUGUGAACCUCCUACCUGGCUUGUAAAUGAAAGUUUGUGAAAGUCCUUCAAGGAGAUAUAAGUCAAAUGAAGGUAAGCUCCUGAGAGCAGAGGCCUCUUCUGUCCUCUUCUGUCUUAUUCCCUGCUGUGUCCAGCACAUGGUCUGCACUCAAUAAGUAUUUGUUGCAAGAAUGACUCAUUGUUCCAUUUACUCGAAGAGGAAAGGAGGCUCCAAGAGAUGCUCAGCGGCUCGCCCUGCGCGUCCAGGGGACCCUACUGGGGAUCACAACCCGGCGAAAUGUCGCUUUCGCCACCUAUCACGACUGCGUAAUCGGCUUUCAGCCGCAGACGGUCACACCCUGCAGAACCCGCGGGGAUCCGCAGAGGAACCUGCUGCCACCGGAUGCACUGAACGAUCGCUUCGGGGGUGCCACGCGCCAGACGCGGUGCCCGGAGCGCCGGGAAGAGGGUCCGCGCCCCAACCCCGACCGGGAGAGGGCGCACUCUGGCCCUCUCUGCGUUUUGAGCCUCCCCUCCCCCGCCAGGCCGAUCGCAAAAGGCACCCCCACCGCAGAGCACCACGUGUUGUGCUUCUACUCGGCGAGGCUGGCUCCAGCCUGCGCAUCUGGAAAGUGGGGCAGAUUACCCUGGAGCUCGGGUGGGGACGGCGUGGGCCGACUUGAUAUAAGACGGCACCCAGGGAGCCAGACCCGUUCUAGGGACUUGGCAAGUUCCUCUCCCUCCCCAGUGAGAUCCGUUGUCUUUUAAAUACCUGCAGCAAUUAGGGGAGGAAAAAAAGACCCACAGUAUUACGUUUGGAGAGGGUUAGGAAGAUGGCUCUCCAGUUCCAGGCCGCCCUGGUGGCUAGUCAUUGGUGUAGUUUGUGCUUGGCCUUAGUUUCCUCAUCUGUAAACUGGGAAGAAGGCCCAAGUCCUGGGGCCUGUGACUGUAGAGUGGCGGAAGGCACUGGUGCACCCGCGGCCGAUCCUUCCAGGGUCCGGCUUCCUGAAGGACUGGGCGGCCCCGGGCCGAACCCCUCCCGAACUAACCGCAGACCGUGCGACCAGGUUCGGCACCCCUGACCAGCUAGUGAGCUCCCGGCGGCGCGCAAGGGCGGGGUCCCCGCGGGCCGGCCCGUUCGCUGUCGGCCAACCAGCGCCUGUCUCUGAACAGCCAAUGAUCACACGCCUUACACCCAAGGCCGGUCGGGAGCGAGGCUUCGGCGAGUGCGGCGCUGACAGAGACGCGCGCGCGCGCGAUCGCCCUCGGACCCGGGCCGCUGCCGCCAUCACUGCUGUCUGCCCAAUCGCCCCUCAGACGCUUCCCCUCGCCAUGGAGGCGAGGCCGCCGCCGCCGCCGCGGGGCUCGGAGCCGCGGGCCGGGCGGCGGCCCUGAGGGCGAGUGGCGGGCCGAAACGCCACAGCGGAGCCGAGGCGGAGCCGCUGUCCUCGUCCCCAGCGGUCCCGCCCAACGCCAGACUCUGUAA